AUGCGCGAAAUAGCCCAAUCUCCGAUGGACACCGCGGAGAGCGUUCAAGCCCAUGCGACCACGUUGAGAAACAGCAUCGCCCACCUCUUGGACAUUGCCGAGGACCUGUGGAAGCUCGAAAACAGCGUCACCAGACAGGCUGAAGAGGCGCGAUCCUCGAGAGAAGACGCCUCUCGGCUGCUCGACGAAGUCAGAAGACUGGACCUCCGCCCAAUUGUCGAAUCGCUGGAAGAGCCUCUCACGUCGUCUCUCACGUCGUCUCUGGAGACGACGUUCCUGCGGAGUGUCUCGAUGUCUCGCACGGAACAGAUACGCGAGGGCAGGGUGCAGGAGAUGGAGAAGCGGCUCUGGGACAACAGCUAUAAUGUCUUCGACGUGGUCAAUCGCAUGAACGAUCUCCAUGAAAAGAAGCGUCAGCACAUCGACGACCUUUCGGACCGAUUGAAGUCGUUUGAGCAAGCCCAGCGAACAUUUGUCAGCGAAAAGAACGGCAAGGUCGUAAGGCUUAAUGCUCUGCUGUACGCGAGCAAGGGCCGCGAGAGAUUCUUGCACCGCCAGCUCGCACACAGGGAGAAAGUCUUGCAGCGCCAGCUUGCACACAAGGAGAGAGAGCUGCGUGCUGCACGGCAAGCCAAAAGGCAAGCGGACCAUGCCCAGCGAGCCAUGACAAUGAAGCUUGCGAGACAAGCAAGGCCAGCCAAGCCGGCAGAAAAGCCAAAGCCAGCGGAGAAUCGAGCGCCCAGCGUUCUUCAAAAGCCCACACCACGUCGACGUCCCAGUGUCGCUGCCACGACGGAGGCAACCUCGCCCAUUGCCCAGCCCUUCGCUCGGCCCAUUGCCCAGCCACAGUUGCCGAUGGUGUCUUCCACAACAUUAGCCGGCAACGAAUUGGAGCAUGACAAUCACCCGCGCCCCUUCAGUGCCUUUGCGUUCGAUCACGAAAUUCAAUCGGACUCAGAGAGCGUUCAAGCGGGCCACGAUCUCGCUCGGGAGGGGCCUGGCGAAGACUUCGUUGGAUUGAUGGGUCAAGCGGAGACUCGUCCAGGGCAGUUGAUGCCACUGCGCUCAUCCAACAAGGCCGGACGUCUAUCGGGUAGUGCUUCGAGACAUAAGCUGGUGCCGUCACAUCACACCGACUCGCACGACUGGCUGGAUCCUGCUCUCACCGGAGCACAGUCCACAUCAUCCGCUUCUGACGCCCAACAAAUUGCACCGAGUGCUCCGGUCGCUUCCACGCAGAUGCCUGCCCAAUAUUCUGCAAGCACCAUUGUCCCUUCUUUGACUGCAUCCGUCGGCAGCACGGCCAACACUGGAAAGCCUCACCAGGGCCAUCGGAAGAGGAAGAGAGCCCCAACUGAUGGCGAUGAGCCCAAGUACACAUUCCAGAGUAUCUUCGAGGUACUCUGGCUGUACAUUGCUCCAGGGCAGCUACGACCGGCAAUGGAUCUGCCACCGGCCGUCCGCGAGGCGAUGCACGAGUCUAUGGAAAAGUUCCGAGAUCCAAAGGCAUUCCAGCAGAGUCUCGGGUCCCGCGUGAUGAAAGCUGGGGUCACCAGAUGUAACCACACGCGCGCGGAACGUGGGCAGAGUGAGAUCGAGACGCCCAACGAGGCUUGCCCUAACUGCGUCUCGCGGUUCCGGGUGUGUCAUCAGUCAUCGAAAAUUACACCGCCUACAAUCGUGCCUCUAUCGGCGAGCGAGCGUGCUGGAAGGCAGUGGAAUGAGUUGGGCUUUUGGGUGAAGCCGAAACCUCAGGGCUAA